CUGAACGGCUCAUAACGCGAUAUGGACUGAAUGAAAAUCGCAGUGACCAGCGGCUUCACCGGCGGCGAGGGGAGGCAUCACCGGUGACCGGUGAAAACCACCGGCGUUACUAAGCAAACAACGAAUUAGGUUCUUCUUAAUCUGCGGCAAUGUUGGACCUGAGUGCGGGAUGGAACCUGUCGUUCGCCGGUUGCGGGUUUUUAGGGAUUUACCACCUCGGUGUGUCCAGCUGCCUCCUGGAGCGCGCGCCGUACCUCGUCCACCGAGCCAACAAGAUCUACGGAGCUUCAGCUGGAGCUCUUAAUGCAGCUGUCCUCACCAGCGGAUUAUGCUUAGAAAAAUGUUGUGGGAAUGUGAUCGAUGUUGCUAAGGAGGCCCGGAAGCGCAACCUUGGUCCUCUGCAUCCCACGUUCAACCUGGUGAAAGUGCUGCGCUUGGGCCUGCAGAGAGACCUGCCUGAAAACGCACACACACUGGUCAGCGGCAGACUGUGUGUGUCUCUCACACGCGUCAGUGACGGCGAGAACGUCCUGGUCUCUGACUUCAGCUCCAAAGAUGAGCUCAUUCAGGCCCUCAUCUGUAGCAGCUUCAUCCCAGUCUUUUGUGGUUUGUUUCCUCCUGCUUUCCGUGGAGUCAGGUAUGUUGAUGGUGGGAUGAGCAAUAAUCUGCCCCAGUCAGAGCUGAAGAACACCAUCUCCAUCUCACCGUUCUCUGGAGAAAGUGACAUCUGCCCCAAGGACAAUUCUAGCAGCUUCCAUGAGCUGCGAUUCACCAACACCAGCAUUCAGGUCACUUGGGGAAACGUGUGCAGGCUCAGUAAAGUGUUUUUCCCUCCCGAGCCUAAGGUAAUGGCAGAGAUGUGUCAGCAGGGCUAUAAAGAUGCGCUACGAUUCCUCGAGGAAAACAAUCUGCUACAUGCUGAAAGUCCAAAAGUGGAUGUGGCCCUGACGCCGGACACGCCCACCUGCUGCUGUGUCACCGAGUCGUCACGGGACUGGAUGCUGCGAAGACUCCGCCUCCUAGGGGAUCACCACUGGUGGUUGGACAAGCAGCAUGUCAAUUACCUGCCCACGCCUAUUAAGAAAGUUUUCUGUGACGCGUGUAAAGAGAAGCAUGGCGUAAUGGCUCAGAUCACCGGUCUGUUGCCGGUCCGUAUGGCUUCCUACAUGCUGAUGCCCUACACGCUGCCGGUAGAGUCGGCGUACUCCGCAGUUCAGAGGUUUGUGGAAUGGAUUCCAGAGGUUCCAGCUGAUGCACGCUGGCUAUUUGAGAUAGCAGGAAGUGUUUACAGACAAGCCUGGAAAGGAGAAUCCUCAAAUAGCGGUUUUGCAUUGCGCCGGUGUGUAAGUGGACCACCUUCACUGGACCUACACACUCGUGACAUGGAGCACAGCAGACAUGCCGCUUUUUCUGCUGCUGAUCUACGUAAUUACAGCUGGGAUUAUUCCGAAAUCCCUGAGGUCCCCAAGAGUCUGUGUACAUCUCCUGAACGGAUUAGCAUGUUUGUUGGCUCACAGGACAAUUCCGAGAGCUGAAUACAGCAAGACGUGGACACAUAUCCAAGUCUAAAAAAAUUAGUGUUUCACACACCAUAAAUGUGUGUAUGUGUGUGUGUAUGUGUGUGAGAGAGAGAGCGAGAUGACAAGGUUUUAAUUGUGGACUUUUCUUUUUUUAUUCCACUUUUUCUAUUCACCAUCUCUAACUGGAAACACCAGUCUAAGCUGAAAAGUGCACUUUAAACUAAAGUACAACAAAAAUGUCCAUUUAAAAUAAUUAAUAACUAUUAGCAGAAUGGUAGCAUUUAUAUAAUAAAAACAAAAAAAGCUACAUGAUGUCAUGAAGCUUGUUUUUAAAUAAUGGUGGCUGUGUCAUUUCUCCAUGAACCUCAAAAGAGAAAAGAAGCAACCGGUUUGAUCUCAACAGAUAUAAAAUGUUGCGUAAAAAAUGUUGUAGAAAAAUAAAUUAAUGAUUUCUGUGAAACCUGAUUGUGAUAAUGUGAGUAAAUAAAAGAAAGUAUAAUUUCAA